AUGAAGUGGAGUUCAGUUAUAUAUACGGCGAGCUUAUGCGUGACGGGAGCAGAUGCGGCGCUUACCUUGGACCUCAACUCGAGGCAAUCGAUCAUCGAUGCGGCCGGCACCGUGGCAUACGACAUGAUGACAUAUUACACGGGCAACAGGACUGGCGACACACCUGGGAACUUACCCGAUCCGUACUACUGGUGGGAGGCUGGUGCAAUGUUCGGCACCAUGAUCAACUACUGGUACUAUACAGGCGACACAACAUACAAUCCUACUACGAAACAGGCCCUGCUGCACCAGAUCGGAGACAAUGAGGAUUUCAUGCCGCUGAAUCAAACAAGAACGCUGGGAAACGAUGAUCAAUGCUUCUGGGGUAUGUCGGCAAUGACAGCUGCGGAGACCGGUUUUGAAGAUCCUCCAGAAGGGCAGCCUGGGUGGCUUGCGCUGGUUCAAGGAGUCUUCAAUACUCAGAUCCCCCGCUGGGAUACGACCACUUGCGGAGGCGGGCUUCGAUGGCAGAUUUUCCCCUUCAACGCCGGGUACACAUACAAGAAUAGCAUUUCGAACGGCUGCCUGUUCAAUAUCGCUGCACGACUAGCGCUCUACACCGGAAACCAGACCUAUGCAGACUGGGCUGUGAAGACGUGGGAUUGGAUGAGCGCAGUUGGCCUCCUCAACGAGAAGUAUGAGGUUUUUGAUGGGUCGCAGAACACCGACAACUGCACAGAGAAAGAUCACAACAAAUGGACUUACAAUACCGGGAUUUUCAUCAUGGGGGCGGCGACCAUGUACAACUUCACCAAUGGCUCCGCGCUCUGGAAAGAGCGUAUAGACGGCCUCAAAGGUGCUUCAAAGCUAUUCUACAAUCCCGAGGGGAUCAUGUACGAGCCGUGCGAAUCCGUCAAGAGCUGCAACGUCGAUCAGCGGUCUUUCAAGGCGUACUUCUCCCGCCAACUUGCUGCGACCGCGAUACUUGCCCCUUACACGCAUGACGGUAUCAUGAAAGAGAUCAAGACGUCAGCCAUGGCGGCCAUCCAAACAUGCACGGCCGGGGAUAGCGGAACCCAGUGUGGCCUGCAAUGGACUCUGAAGCAAAACGACGGCAGUCUAGGGGUCGGAGAGCAGAUGGCCGUACUUGAGGUCAUACAGAGUAAUUUGGUAGACCAGGCACAGCCGUGGAAGAGUCUGGUGGCGGGCACGGGUACGAGUGAGGGGAACGUCAACGCUGGACAAGACAGUCCGGAGGAUGUGGCAGCCCUCACCGAGAUGAAGAUAACCUCGGGGGAUAGGGUUGGAGCUGGAAUAUUGACUGCGCUGGUUAUAUGUGGGGUCAUUGCUGGUAGUGGCUUUAUGAUCAUUGGCAGCUAA